CCUCUCAUAUUAAUAGUUCUAAAAAAGCAGUUGUUUUAGUUCCAAAUAAGUAUUAAAUCCAUUGCUUGGUAGAAAAUUUGAAGAAAAAAAUUAAACCAUUUUAAUAUCUAUUCUACGUUAGGAUAAAUAUGGAAGAUCCCGGGUUAAAAUUGGAAAAGGAGACUCGUAGUUUGGCCUUAUUACGAGAAAAGAUUGACAAAAGCUGUUCACUUGGUAAUGCAAUGUGCUCCAUUCUUACAUCUUUUGACGAGCACUUAAUGAAACUCGAACAGACUAUUUUACCAGUGUAUUUGGAAACUGGGAAUUUACAACGUCGUCAAGAAAAUAUUGAAAAAAUUCUGGAUAGAUUAGAUUAUGUCAUUCAGUAUUAUAAAGUGCCAAAAGAGGUAGAGGGUGCUAUACGGGAUGGUCCCAGUGGUUGCUUGGAGUCUUAUUUAGAAUGUUUGAAAAAAGUGCAGUCUUCCAUGACUUUCUUCUCUGAAAAUAAUCAAGGUUGUUCUGAGCUAGAAGAACUUACAGCUCUCUUUGAUCAAGGCGUAGAUUCAUUACAAAUUGAAUUUAGAAAUCUGCUCUCACGAUACAGCAAACCCAUUCCUGCUGUAACUGUAUUGGAUAUGUUAGGAAUGGAUGAAGAAAUGCAACCAGAUGAAGAAAAAUUAGCUGCAGAGCAGUUACCAGACAGUGUACUGCAAGAUUUGAUUAAAAUCAGCAGUUGGCUUCAAGCACAUGGAAUCAAAGACUUUGUUAGUGUCUAUUCAUCAAUUCGCUCUGGUGUUCUCACACGUUCAAUCCAAAACUUGAAAGAUCAUUUGAAAAAUGCAAGUGGAAAUAGCAAUACUCUUAGUAUACAGAACUCUCCACAAAUGGGAAGUAGAAGAAGUAUAGCAAAAGAGUCCACUCCUCGAAGACCACCAAAGAAUAUUCAACAAAUGUUUGUUCGAAAAGCAACUGCUGUCAUCGCGAAGUAUUCACCCACUGUUGAAAGUGCAAUGCUUGGACAUAGAUUCCAGUCAUCUCUAUUGCCAGAACCUAAAGACGAAAUUCCAGAAACUGAUAUUAUGGCUUUUAUGACAUCUGUCAGUGGACUUCUUAAAUUGAUGCAGAGUGAACUCAACUUAAUGAGGGGCAUCAUUCCAGGAAAGAGUCGUAAAGUUGUCUUUGAAUGUGUUGUCACGCAAGCUAUGGGAAAUCUUGUUUCUGAAGGAGAGUUGAUUGUCAACCGAGUGAAGAAAAGUGUAUCUAGACAUGAGUUUUCUGCAGCAUUAAAUCUAUUCCCAAUUUUAAGGCACUUGAAAACCAUCGAAUCCGACUUUGAACGACUUUUCCAGGGAUGUUCUUCAAAAUUGUUUGAUAAAGUGAGAGAGUUUGAAAUUAAGGUGGAAGUUACGAUAAGCAAAACUCUUGAAGAAUUCAUUGAAAGCAUCAAAAAUGAUACCGACCCCAAAAUGCCAAAGGAUGGUACUGUUCAUCAACUUACAAGCAGUGCUAUUAUGCUGUUGGAACAAUUGUUGGAUUACCAAGAUAUUUUGGGAACAGUUUUAAGGCUACAAGAUACAUCGUUUGCUACCACAAAGGACAAAGGAAAAUUGGCCUUUGCACAGUACAUAACUCGAGUGUUAUCAGCUUUAGGGUUAACUUUGCAAAAUAAAAGUGAAUACUACAGUGAUGUUUAUCUUCGAGCCAUAUUUCGAAUGAAUAAUCUCCACUACAUAGUUAGAGCCCUUCAGAGAACUGGUUUAUUAGAAAUUGUGCAACUGCAUAAUCCUGGUGCAGAAAAUAAUUACAUGGACCAGAUCAGAGAGCAGAAAAGAGUUUACUCACAAAGUUGGAGUCGUGUGUUACAUUAUGUUAUGGAAGUAGACAAACCCAUUUCACAACAGAGAGCUUCAUUAAAUACAGCUCAAGUGCCUGUUAGCAUGAAGCUAAGAGAUAAAGAUAAGCAAAAUAUCAAGGACAAAUUCACUGGAUUCAACAAAGAAAUUGAAGAGAUUACCAAAACUCAGAAAGCAUAUGCCGUCCCUGAUAUUGAACUGAGGGAAAGUUUAAAACGUGAUAACAAGGAAUUUAUUUUGCCAAAGUAUACCAUGUUCUAUGAGAAGUAUAUUGAAGCUGGAUUUACAAAAAAUAUUGAGAAAUAUAUCAAGCACAAGCCUCAAGACAUUUCUGAUACCAUUGAUACUUUCUUUGAUGCUGCAGCAUGAAAAAUAUGGAUUUAUGGAAUUAUUAUAGGCUAAUAUUUUUCUAAGUAUGUAUGAAAAAAAGUAUGUAUACUUUUGUAUGAGUUAAUAAUGUUCAUUGAGAAAAAAAGACAUACUUUAAUUUUUUUGUUACUUAUUCAAAAAUGAAUAAGUUUUGGUUCAAUUUUCGCAUCAAAUUAAACUUUCAUUUCACUAUUAUAUGUGCAAUAUGUAUUGCAAUGUGUUUGUAAAAAUGUAA